AUUGAUUUCAAGAUUAGAACAAUUGAACUUGAUGGCAAACACAUAAAAUUGCAAAUUUGGGAUACUGCAGGUGAGGAGCGGUUUCGGACUAUCACAAUAGUUGAUUUUGAUCUGAGUACCAAGGAACUAUGGGUAUCUUGUUGGUUUGUGAUGUUACAGAUGAAUCAUCAUUCAACAGUAACUUCCUUUACCUUUGCAGUACUUGCUUCCAAUACAUAA